AUGAAGUACCCGUGGGGGAUCCCCGCGCUCGCUCUGCCGCUCCUAGGAAGUGUAAAUGUCGCAUCCGCCGCUCGUACGUCGUUAGUAUCCUUCUCCAGUGCGACCGUUGCCGACCGCGCUCCAGAAUGCACCAUCCACACCGUCGUCUCGGGCGACACGUGCUUCUCGAUCGCCAGUGCCGCGGGGCUGACGACCGCCCAGCUGCAGGGAUUCAACCCGAACCUCAAUUGCGCGGCGCUGUCCAUAGGUCAGAAGAUAUGCAUAUCGUCUGGGACACCGCCCGCGCCGCCGCAACAGAAUCCUGAUGGCUCCUGCGCGACGUAUACCACGGUUCCGAACGACUCGUGCUCCGCGAUUGCGGCCAUGUUUUCGAUCACCACCGCCAACAUCGAGACUUGGAAUGCCAACACAUUCCAUUGGAAGGGCUGCGCUGCGCUGCAAGUGAACUAUACGAUGUGUGUCUCCACUGGAACGCCUCCUCCGCCCCCCAUCAUUCCUGGAACGCAAUGCGGGCCUCAGAGCCAGGGGAAUAUGAGCUGUCCGCUGAAUGCCUGCUGCAGCGCCUUCGGGUUCUGUGGACUGACAGAUCAGUUCUGCACCACCACCGGUCCGAACCCAUGUCUGCUGAACUGCGGGCAGCCGACGGUCCCCAGUUGCUCGGGGUCACAGCUGAAGCGCAAGAUCGGGUACUAUGCCGGCUGGGGCGACUUCCGCACGUGCGGGACGAACGUUGCGCCGGACCAGAUCAACUGGUCUGGGUUUACCGGCGCGCACUACGCAUUUGCGACGAUAUCGCAGAGUUUCCAGAUCCAACUUGCCAGUCGGGAUACGCCCCUUCUUCAACAAUUGGUCGCGCAGAAGGCGGUGUACCCGAAUCUUCAAGUGAUCAUCGCGGUCGGGGGAUGGGAUUUCUCUGAAUCGCAGCCCACGCGAGACUUGUUUUCUGUGAUGAUCUCCACCUCCGCUAACCGCGCUACUUUUAUUUCCUCGGUUCAAAGCAUGCUUAGCACGUUCAAGCUGGAUGGAAUCGACAUCGAUUUUGAAUACCCCGGUGCUAUCGAACGGUCUGCCCCUGCUACUGGCAACCCCUCGUCUCUCCCCGUACAGCUGCGCGCUCAUACGCUCCGCUCUAACCGCGCCCUCCGCCCUUCUGAACCUCGAAAUCUCCGUCUAGAGUUCAGGGCUAUCUCCCAGAAUCCUCUCAAUCUCUCAGACGCAGCGCAUCACACCGAUUCGUCCUCAGAGGACUUAUUGGUUCCUGUUCCUCACGGACUCCCUCAUCACUACAACUCGGAUUCACCACAUUCUAACCUGCCCACCAUCGACUUCCUUACCGAUUCCUUGUCCUCGUCGCAGUCCUCAUCACCUUCUUUCAUUCUCCGUCCCAUAUCACCCUCCCCGUCACCUCCACCGCCUCCACCACCUCCGAACCAGAACAUGGCAGCUGUUGUGCCCAUGCCCGCCCGUGGUGCCCGAGGAGCACCUGAAUUCGACCCAUCAAAGCCCCGUGAGCUUCCUCGAUUUUUCACGGACCUGGAAUACCAUUUCGGGCUUGCCAGCAUUGCCGAUGCUCAAGAACGGAAGCGCCACGCCCUGCGGUUUCUUCCUUUCGAUGAGGCUGAACUUUGGGAGUCUCUAGACUCGUUUUCGGCGCCCCACAACUACGACGCAUGGAAAGCUGAAGUUUUGAAGCUUUAUCCCGGCACGGAUUCUGACCGCAAAUAUGCGACUUCGGACCUCCAUGCGCUCAUUGGCAAAUACGCCAGCUCGGGGAUUCACUCACGCGCUGAAUAUAGCGAAUUUUAUCGCCUUUUCCUGGUCAUCUCGAAAUACCUCAUAUUAAAGCAACGGCUGUCUCUGGUUGAGCAGUCCCGGGCGUUUCGAACCGCCAUCGCUCCUGCCUCGCUUUGGAACCGCGUGCACCAGCGGCUACAAAUUAAGAAGCCUGAUGUUCAUCCUGAAGACCCAUAUGAACUCGGUGAUAUGAACGAAGCCGUGGAAUUUGUUUUGGCUGAUUCCACUGGGUCAUUUUCGUUUCAGACCACGGCGCCUCCAGCUGCCUCGUCCCCGGUCACUGUCAAGUCCGAAGCUGACCCUAAUUCGGCUAUUCUCGGCGAAAUCCUCAAGCUCCUUGUGGCGCAGAACGCUGCACGCCUAGGCCCUGCGCCCGCCCUAGAGCGCGAAAUUUGGGCAGUCCGUACUCGACAACAAGCCCGUGCUGCGAUCGAAGCCAGAGAUCGAUCUGGGGAUCCUACCGAAGCUCCUGAACAGGCCAUUCGCUCGACACCGCCCCCAGCUCGUAUUCCAGCCCCUGCUGUUGCUACGCCGGCCCGUGCUCCGGUUUCAGCUCCGGCCCCUGCGCCUGCUAUUUCUCCGACCAACGCUGUGCCCGAGCAUCCGUAUGCCCGUGCAAGAGACGCCGCUUAUGCGCCACCACAAGACCGCAAUUUUGGCGCACGAGUUCCGGCCCCAGUAGCCAAGAAAAACGAACCGGCCUAUCGUUCCUCAGCCCCGGUUUACGACGAGAAACACGCCGACGCUGUAUUUGGACGCAUAAUGGACACAAAAAUCGAGAACUCAGUCCAGGAGUUGAUGUCUAUUUCCCCCGAGGUGCGCUCCCGCAUGCGUGAUGCUACCAGUAGCCGUCGAGUUGCUCCGGCUGCUGAUGGUAAAACCGCGGCCCCGCCAGUCUCAACGAACGUUUAUGAGCAAUAUACCGUUGAUCCCCUGCCACCAGACGCUUACAUCGAGACCCUGGACGAGCAGAAGCGUAGUGAUGCACGAAACGCUGCGUUCUUCGACUCAAUGCCUGCUGGAUACAUGAAUUCGGCCCUUCCACCUGGCGCCAUCAUCAUUCCGGACUAUUACGAAACACUGGUUCAUUCCGGCGCGUUGUGA